CUCCUCCUGCCUUGUGAGCUCCAAUUUCUGCCUGCACUGCCAGUGACUCUACUCUCGUUCUCUUACUCACAGUCACAGUCUGUCUCACUGAGUCCCAGCACUCUAGAGCAACCAUGCAAACCUCCAGACAAACUACAUACUCCAUGCGCUCCUCUACCAGCAGCAGGGCUCCUGGCAUGUCCAUCACUCGCACCUCUGGUCCUGUCUACAAGGCCCAGUCCAUUCAUGGUGGGGCCGGUGGCUCCCGCAUCAGUGUGUCCUCCAGCUACAGAAGUUCCCUGGGAGCCGGAAUGGGAGCCGGUGCUGGAGCGGGAGGAUUCUCCAGCAGCGUCCAGGUGAGCGGGAACAAUGUAGACAUCAUGGGCAAUGAGAAGUUUGCCAUGCAGAACCUGAAUGACCGGCUGGCGAGCUACCUUGAGACAGUGAGGAACCUGGAGAAGGCCAACCACAAGCUGGAGAUAAAGAUCAAAGAGGCCCUGGAGAAGAGUGGACCUGACUUCAGAGACUACAGCAAGUACCAGCUUAUCAUUGAUGACCUAAGGAAGAAGAUUUUUGAUGCCACCACCGACAAUGCCCGACUGGUUCUCAACAUCGACAAUGCUCGCCUGGCAGCUGAUGACUUCAGAGUAAAAUAUGAGUCUGAACUGGCCAUUCGUCAGUCUGUGGAGGCCGACAUCGUCGGUUUGAGGAAACUCAUUGAUGACACCAACCUGAGCCGCAUGAACCUGGAGAGUGAGAUUGAAGCCCUGAAAGAAGAGCUCAUUCACCUCAAAAAGAACCAUGAAAAUGAAGUCAUGGAGCUACGUAACCAGAUCGCCCAGUCCGGUGUCCACGUAGAUAUCGACGCACCAAAGGGUCAAGAUCUAUCUCAGAUCAUGGCAGAAAUCAGGGCCAAGUAUGAAAAGAUGGCACAGAAAAACCAGGAAGAACUCAAAGCAUGGCAUGAAUCUCAGAUAAUAGAAGUUCAGACACAGGUAACACAGAACACAGAGGCCCUCAAGGGUGCCCAAACAGAGGUUAAUGACUUACGCAGACAAAUGCAAACCCUGGAGAUUGAGCUGGAGUCACAGAAGAGUCUGAAAGCCUCUCUGGAGGGCACCCUGAGGGACACAGAGCUGCACUACAACAUGGAGGUUGAGUCGCUCAAUGCCAUUCUUCUGGGCCUGGAGGCAGAGCUGACCCAGCUGCGGAACAAGAUCCAGCUGCAGUCACAGGAUUACGAGGCCCUGCUGAACACAAAGAUGAAGCUGGAGGCUGAGAUUGCGACAUACAGGCGGCUGCUGGACGGUGAAGAUUUCAAGUGAGCUUCAGGAUGCUCUGGAAGAGCAGAAAAAAGUGACCAAGACCAAAGUAAUGACCGUCACACAGACCCUGGUGGAUGGAAAAGUGGUCUCCUCCAACACAGAAACAAAGAAUCUUUAAUCACAGGAUGCAACGAUCCCAACAAACAACACUAAAACAACAAAGCAGUUUAUAAGUUUAUCAAACUUUUUAUCCAAACAGAUUCCCAUAAGAUACAAAACUCUUUAUUGAACUUCACACCCAAGUUAAACGGUUGUUACAGAGGCUAAUGAAACUUGGAUCAGAGGAAAACAAAAUCAUCUACUAUUUAUUUCAUCAUGGUUUAUUUAUGUCAUUGUUUGCUGUCAUUUAGAUGUUUUCAACAGUUCCGAAUUGGUGGACUUUGCCAUUGUGUUAAGAGAUUAAAUAAUUAAAGACGAUUUCAAAGCAAAAAGGGUCCAAUUCAAAGCAUUUGAAAGUAUAUAUGUUUUUUUGGUUUUCUUUUUUCCCAGUUUUGGUCUGCCUGCUGUUCUGUUCAGUUCAAUAAAGUCCUUUGAGAAAAUUCUA